CAAACCGCACUGGCAAGACUUCGUGAGCACUAGAGAAUCCGGCGACCGAUUGGCCCCGAGUCGACUAUUGACGCUCUGAGAUCGCUUUCCCAUUGCUGACAGGUUAUGAGUGGCGGUUCGGACCGCUCCUCGCCUGCCCAUCAGCCGUUGUUGGAUGGAAUAAAAGUCGGCAAUUGACCCACCUUGCGGGCCUAUAACACUGGCGAAUUGAAGACAUACGCUUCCAGCUGAUCUCUCCCUCUCGCCCAAUCUGUGGUAUAAAUCUGCCGGCUGGAGCGCUUAUUGACUGGUGGCGGUGCUGAUUCAUACACUUAAUUGGAAAUAUCACUGUGUCGAUGGCUCUACCUUGAUGCGACAGUUUCGCGAACGUUUUCACGGUUUGUGAGUUUACUACACGCGACAACUGUAUGGCUGAUUGAUUGAUUAAUUAAUAAAACAAAUAAUAAGUCCGAGCCGGUGGUCCGUUCAUCUCGGUUACCAUUAUGAUGAACUGUCCUUUCAAAGGACUGGGCCGCGAUCGAACUAAAUUGGCGGUUGAAGAACCUGCCAUCGUGAAAAAACCUGAUCUCGAGACGCUAAACCGUCGACCAAUUUACACCAGGGCUUUAGAACAAUCGCCCGUGUUGAAGAGGAACUGUGCGUUUAAGAAGCAGGACGUAACGAAAGUAGAAACAAACUUGAAGGAGAAUGGACAGCUUGAGAGGAAUGAAGACGCGACUCGGAAGACUUCCAACGACUCGGACAGACAGUGUCUGUCGGACACGUACAGCGUCACGGAGUCCGAGCGGAAGGAUUCCUCGGAGACUCAGAAGAGCUGUCCGGAGUCCGAGAGGACGAUCUUCCCGGACGGGGACCCCAAGUCGUCGCCGUGUAAGAGACCCGACCGCAAGAUCAGCGCCCUCUCGCUGUCGUCGACGGGGUCCGAGGACGCCGUGGAGGAGAAGAUAACUCUGAGUGCGCUCAUUGAGGGGUGCGGCACGCUCAUCAUACCCGCGUAUGGCUUCGUGUGCAGAUCUGUGAUGAACCUCAUCAAUAUGCAUGAGCCACGGAUCCUCGACAAACUCAGACUAGAAUCGUGGUUUCCUGAGGAUACAUUUGAAACGAGUUUUCAAGACCCGAGUCUGCGACACGACACGAUACAGGACGAUCUCAUUCUACAGGUGUCUCAGUCGUGUGCUCACCACCUAGGUUGGAGCGAAUCGGAGUUCAUGCUUGCCCUUGGAUUCGAAUACUUCAAACUCUGUUUGGGAGAAUACGGCAAAGCACUGCGCAUGGUCGGAAGUGAUAUUCUAGAAUUCUACAGCAGUUUAGACGGACUACAAGAUCAGUAUAAGACUUCACCAAAGUUCAAAGGUCAAACGCCGCCAUCUUUUCGAUGUGAAUACGAAAAGAACGACCUGAUAAUCCACUGUUACUCCAACAGACGUAAACUUCUCUACUUUCUAGCCGGGACUGUGAAGGCGGUGUCGAAACUUCUUUUCUCGGCUGACAUCAACAUCCGGGUGUCUGAAAACCCCAAUUCUGCUUCCCCGCAUCAUAUAUUUUACAUCACAUCGAAAUCUCAGACUAACAACAACGAUAAUCGGUGUAAUUUGUGUUACGACAAUGACGUGCUAUCGACCGAUCCGUCCGAAUCGAAGAUCGGCGUCCAGGCGUUUUGCGUGUCCUUCCCUUUCCAUGUGAUAUUCGACCGGAAUCUGCAGAUCACACAGCUGGGCAUGGCGCUCAUGAAGAUGAUCGCCCCGGAGAUAGAGACGGACGGUCUGCAGUUCGGAACCUACUUCGAGUUCAUCAGGCCUGUUGUGAAAAUGAGUUUUAACGCCAUUCUCUCACGGGUCAACUCCAGCUUCAUGAUUCGAACCAAGGCCAUCAUAAAGCAGCACAUGCACGUGGCGCAGAAUAUGGAGUUGAAGGGUCAGAUGAUCUUCCUUCCGGAAUCUGACGCCAUCUUGUUUAUCGGGUCACCUAGCGUUGAGAAGUUAGACGAACUGAUAGGAAAGGGUAUUUACAUCUCCGACAUCCCGAUCCAUGACGCAACUCGUGACGUCAUACUGGUGGGGGAGCAGACCAAAGCACAGGACGGGUUGAAGAAGCGGAUGGAGAAGCUGAAGAGAGACAUCGAGGCCGCCAGUAACGCCGUCGAGGAGGAGAAACAGAAGAAUGUGGAGCUACUACAGGAUAUCUUCCCGCCAGGCAUCGCGCGAAAACUAUGGCUAGGUGAAACUGUGGAGCCCAACAAAGUGGAUAACGUCUCCAUGCUGUUCAGUGACAUCGUCGGCUUCACCGCCAUCUGCUCGACGGCGACGCCCAUGCAGGUCGUCAACAUGCUGAGUUCCCUCUACACACACUUCGACAACUUCUGUGCCGAACUCGACAUAUACAAGAUUGAGACUAUUGGAGAUGCGUAUUGCGCGGCUGGCGGUCUGCAUCGCGCAACUGACUUUCACACGCAGCAGGUGGCCUGGAUGUCGAUCAAAAUGAUGGACGCUGCGUCUCGCCAGAAAUCACAGGACGGCAACCCUAUCAAGAUGAGAAUCGGCCUCCACACGGGGUCGGUGUUAGCCGGCGUGGUCGGCGUAAAGAUGCCGCGAUACUGUCUGUUCGGAAACAACGUCACCAUCGCCAACAAGUUCGAGUCGGGAAGCAUCGCGCUCAAGAUCCACAUUAGUCCCGUCACAUACGAGCUGCUGAAGCAGAGUCCAGGCUUCCACUUCACGCCGAGGACGCGAGCCGACCUGCCUGGGGGAUUCCCCGAGGACAUUGAGGGGAUUCCCUACUUUCUGGAAAGCUACGAACAUCCGGGCGUGCCCGAGUCCGACAGAGACAACGUGGACCACAUCACGCUAGCGCUCAAUGACUACAAGGAGAGACCCGGCUGGUAAACUGGACCUGUUCGUGGCGGCGGCUUCAUAUUGUGAUACACUCUAGUGUCUUUGAAAGAACAGGACUGUUAGAGGCAAGAACACUUGCUCAUACAGGUCACAUUCUAAAGGACAUUUUAAGGGUCCGUGUUGUGACUCUUAAAUAUGGUAAAGCAUAUGGUUUAGUUUGACAGUGGGCGGUGAGUGAUGGACACAGUGGCCUGCCAAUGACCACACAUCCUAGUGGGUAUUUCCUGGACAUCCCAUGAAGCAUACGGCUUCCAGAAGCAAAAAGAGUGUUCUGGAGGGUGGUCACUCGUGAGCGUUCGCAAUCAGUUCAGUAGAAUAUUUUAAUGUAUUGUGAACAGACCGCGAGAGUGCGCCCUCCUGAACAUGUUAAAGAAAACAUGCCUGAAAUAUGAUUUGCCUGCUCAGCAAAUCUGUUACAAAGCAAUAUGGUGUAUUAUACCUACUCACUCACCCUUGUCCCCAGUCAUGCUAUCUGCUGCUCCUCCUGUUCAUCUUAAGCUGUGUCUCACUAUCUCUCACUCUAUUUUUCUUCCAACAUCUUCGUGUCGUCCCAUCCUUCAACUCAUGUCCUCCCCUCCCUUCCUCCCCCUCUACCCCCCCCCCCCCUCUCUCUCUCUCUCUCUCUCUCUCUCUCUCUCUCUCUCUCUCUCUCUCUCUCUCUCUCUCUCUCUCUCUCUCUCUCUCUCUCAAACACAUUUAACAUUGAUUCUGUCUUGUUAUGAGAUCUUAUUGCUGUGAUAAGUUACAUGUUUUGACACUAGGUUUGACGUGAAUGCCUUAAUACAUGUAUGUACCUUACAUAAUAUGUUUGAAUAAUCUGCUUACUAGAUUUAAUAAAAUUGUUUAAAAUGUAGUAAAUAGUACGUCAGAACUAUAUGAAGGAAAGAACAGAAGGAAUAGCUGCACUAUAACGUCGACCGUCCUGUAAAGUAAUAGAUUGGUUUAACGAAACCAGCAUAUUGAACUAACUAUUUGGUGUCUGACAUGUAGGUCUUGCGAGACCUGGUCUAGAGUCUGCGAAAAUAGCAGCAAGUCAUAUGUAACAUCUCAACAGCAGCCAAGCACGGAGAA